AUGUGGAUGAACCGCCCAAAAGAUCAUGACAACAAAAUCUGGAUGAACCGCCCAAAAGAUCAUGACAACAAAAUCUGGAUGAACCGCCCAAAAGAUCAUGACAACAAAAUGUGGAUAAACCACCUACAAGAUGAUGACAACAAAAUCUGGAUGAACCGCCCAAAAGAUCAUGACAACAAAAUGUGGAUAAACCACCUACAAGAUGAUGACAACAAAAUCUGGAUGAACCGCCCAAAAGAUCAUGACAACAGAAUCUGGAUAAACCGCCCAAAAGAUCAUGACAACAGAAUCUGGAUAAACCACCUACAAGAUGAUGACAACAAAAUGUGGAUGAACCGCCCAAAAGAUCAUGACAACAGAAUCUGGAUAAACCGCCCAAAAGAUCAUGACAACAGAAUGUGGAUGAACCGCCCAAAAGAUCAUGACAACAGAAUCUGGAUGAACCGCCCAAAAGAUCAUGACAACAGAAUGUGGAUAAACCACCUACAAGAUGAUGACAACAAAAUGUGGAUGAACCGCCCAAAAGAUCAUGACAACAAAAUCUGGAUGAACCGCCCAAAAGAUCAUGACAACAGAAUUUGGAUGAACCGCCCACAAACUCGACAUUAUCACUCUGCCACACCAGGACAGCAACAAAAAAUCUGA